CGCUAACGACCUCUUCUUACUUUCUCCUCUCCGCCUGUGGUAUCCGUCAUGGUCCAAGAGACAAAAUAUUACGAUUUCUUAGAAGUCUCGCCCGAUGCCUCAGAGGCCGACCUCAAAAAGGCGUACCGCAAGAAAGCUCUGCGGCUACAUCCAGACAAGGGCGGCGACCCGGAGCUUUUCAAGGAAGUCACACACGCCUACGAAGUCCUGUCUGACCCGCAAAAGCGAAGCAUCUAUGAUGCACGAGGAGAGGCUGGCUUGAGCGAGUCUGGUGGAAUGGGUGGUAUGGACCCACAAGACCUGUUCUCACAACUAUUUGGUGGUGGCGGGUUCUUCGGCGGGGGUGGCGGCAGGCAGCAAGGGCCGCGCAAGACGAAGGACCUCGUGCACCGUGUCACCGUCUCGCUCGAAGACCUCUACAAGGGCAAGAUCACGAAGCUCGCGCUCACGCGCAACAUCAUCUGCGGCAAGUGCCACGGCAAGGGCGGCAAGGAGGGCGCCGUGCGCGAGUGCGAACGCUGCGGCGGCCGCGGUAUCCGCAUCAUGAUGCGCCAGAUGGGCCCGAUGAUCCAGCAGAUCCAGCAGGCGUGCGACGAGUGCCAGGGCACGGGCGAGAUCAUCAACAACAAAGACAAGUGCAAGACGUGCAACGGCAAGAAGGUCUCCUCCGAGAAGAAGAUGCUCGAGGUCCACAUCGACAAGGGCAUGAAGGGCGGCCAGACGAUCACCUUCCGCGGCGAGAGCGACCAGGCGCCGGGUGUUACCCCCGGAGACGUCAUCAUCGUUAUCGAGGAGAAGCCGCACGAGCGGUUCAAGCGCAAGGACAACCACCUGUUCACGACCGUCGAGGUCGACCUCCUGACUGCGCUCGCUGGCGGCCAGUUCGCGAUCAAACACCUGGACGACCGCGCGCUUGUCGUGAAGGUCCACCCGGGCGAAGUUCUCAAGCACAACGCUCUGAAGGUUAUCCCUGGCGAAGGCAUGCCGUCACAGCGGCAUCACGAACCCGGCGACCUGUUCAUCCGCCUACAAGUGCGCUUCCCGGACGAAAUCCCGGCCGAGUCAGCCCCACUGCUUGAGAAGGCGCUGCCGGCGCGCAAGCCGCUAGAAAAGUUCCCAAAGAACGUCAUGCUCGAGGAGGUCGAGGCCGUCGAGGCCGACGCGCGGCAGCUCGAGUACGCGGAGGCGGGCGAGGCGAUGGACGAGGACGAGGACGGCGAGGGCGAGCCGCGCGUGCAGUGUGCGAACCAAUAGAUCGCUAGAGCCACCCCCACGGACAUCUUGCCCCCCUACCCCCAUCUUCCGCUGACGACCACCCUGUAUCCAUUGUCUUGUGCUGCCUCACGUUGUCGCUGUCUCGUUCGCUGUGUGUUCUCAUGGAUCCCGCUCUGUUGCAUUAUUCAAGUACAAUACCUAUCACCGACACUAGAAGCUUACGCGACAGCUUAAUGUGCUAUUUAUUGUUCAAUUUACA